AUGCCGACUACUGUAAUAACGCUCCACGAUGGACAUCAACGUACGAAGGCUGGCGAUUCAUACAAAUACAAGUACACUGCCCUGCAUUAUCUUGUUACUGCCGUUGCCAAUGCCAUCGCCAGGAUCCGACACGAGCGGUUGGACACGAGCACGAGCACGAGCACGAGCACGAGGUAUGGGCAUGUUGAACCAUUUUACUAUAAAGUGGUACAACGCACAAGUAUAUGCCGCAUGCCAUCCAUCCGGCCAUCUCACUUGGUGCCUGUGCAUGCAGAAAUCGAGAACGACAACGAACAUGUUGGCGGGGUUGGGGGCGAGGGGAUGUUAUUGGGUAUGUAUUGA